AUGUCUGUGACUACCACAAUUGCUGCUACAACAGUAAACCAUUUUCAAAUUACACAUAGGUAUUCUAGUGCUGCUGAAUUACCAAUUAAACGUGUAUACAAUCCUGACAAACAUAAAUUCGUACAAAAAAUUAAACUACCUAAUGAUAUAGCCACUCCUUUACAAUCAGAUAGAAUUGAUCUAAAAGUGAAGAUUUGUGGUGUGAAUUAUCUACUGGAUUUUAAUACUACUAACAAUACUGUUAUUCCUGGUAAAAGAAUCAUUGGCAAAAUAUCCGGCUUUCCAAAUUUAAUGUUUUUGGUAUUUCCAUUUACUACUUGUAAGCUAGAAGGAAUUCACCCUCAUAAUAAUACAUGUAAAUGCAAUUUAACAUAUGGUGAAUCAAUUGAUGGCGGGUUGCAAGAUAAUAUAAAUGUUUGUACAAGAUCACUAAUACCCAUUCCUUUAAAUGUUAGUCUUCAUGAUACAUGUUUUAUAUUUGAUAUAUUGACGGUAUUUUAUAAAUUCGUGAAUUAUUUAAAACCUGGAAGAACUAUUAUUUUAUUGAAUGAUUUACAAAAGGAAUUAAAUGACAUUUUGAUUGUUUUAAAGCAUUUUCAUAUUCAAUCAAAUAAAGUUGCAAUCAUCGAUAAAUCUAUGGUUGAUACAAAAUAUAACAAUAAAUUCGAUGUGGUUUAUUGUUUUAAUCAUGAUUUAUUGCAACAAGCUCAAGAUUAUUGUGUAUCUACGGAAUCAAAAACCACAAAACCAAAUAGUACCAUAUUGACAAAUUUCAAGACCAAUGUGACUACAACAGAUAAACACUACAAAACUAUGGAUUUGACAUAUUCUGAUAAACGUUUAGCAAUGGAUGUUCUACUGAUAUUGUCCAAACUAAAUAAACAAAGAGAUGAAAAGGAAUAUAACAAUGUUAGUAGUGGUAAUACUUCUCAACAUGAUAACAUUUCAUUGGUACAUUCUACAACAUCAACUAAUUCAGGAAGUAGUACCAAACAUCACCAUUAUUCAUGGAUUUGGUAUGAUCAAGAUGUUGAUUUACACAAUUAUCAUAACUUACAUGAAUAUGAAGAUGAAGAUGAAGAUCUUGAUCUUAAUGAAUGUGAAAAUCAUCAAAAUCGUAUAAUAUACCAAAUGAAUCAAUUACUAAAUCAAAAAACAUUAAAAAGAGUAUGUUAUUUCAAUAGAAAACCUAAAAAAUCAUUAAACGCUUGUAUUAUUUAA